AGGUGUUUCCUAAGUGCCUACACAGAAGAUAAGAUCGGUAAUAAGCAAUGCAGAUCAUUUUGGAUUAUAUCAACAUUCCAUUUUAAUUGGGUAAACUUGAACCCUUAGGACAUAUGACACAUGUUGCCAAGUUUUUUUUUACUCCGCCAAGAAUGCUGAAUCGAACUGGCCAAGUGAAUACAAGCAGGCGUUCAUGGGAGAAUCAUUUUGCUGAAAUGUUAAUGUGAUUUUUCUUUGCCAACGGGAGCAGUUUAUUUUUUAGGGGUUUUUUUUUAAUAAAUUAUUUUUCACUUGGAGACAAAUAAUCUAAAUCUCAUAUUCAGGUCUGGACUGACAUUCAAAAUAGGCCCUGGCAAUUUAAGUACACAGCAAAAUUCGCCCAUCCCCACACAGCAGCCCAAACAGCCCACCCCCACCAGCCCACUAAAUAGUGAGUGUCUAUGGCAAUUUACAGCAGCCCCUCUGGCAUUUGCCAGAACCCACAAUUCCCAGUCCGGGUCUGCUCAUAUUACGUUAGAAGUUUCUGCUUUGACUCAUUGACACCAACCUCUUGUUUCCUGGAGGAGAGGGGAGGUGUGAUUGACCUGUGAGCCUUGCCUUUAUUGUCUCCCAGCUAUAUAACUGCCUGGAAGCAGCCAGAGCAACACCCAGUACUGUAUAGAGCAGGCAGUUAAAGGGAAAGACUGAUCAUUCACGUGUAAGGACACAAGACCCGGGGUUACAGUUACACAUGAUGCUGAAGGAGAUAAAGGGGCGAGCGGUGAUUAUUGCCAUAUCAGAAUUCCACAGCAGGCACGGAGAAAGUCUGGAACAUCGCAAGGGGGUGAAACGAGAUGCCAACCGACUAUUUAAGGUCCUUUCUCGUCUGGGCUAUACAGUGUCUCUAAAUAUGGAUAUCAGCGCCAAGGAGAUAAAGGAGAUCUACCAGAACGAGAGCAAGUUGCCACAAGGGGAGUGCUUCAUAAGCAUACUGUCCAGCCAUGGUGAUGAGGGGCUCAUUUAUGACUUCUACGGGAAACCAGUUUUACUAAGAGAUCUGUACAACAUCUUAGCACCACAUAAUAGUCCUUUGCUGGCUGGGGUCCCCAAGCUUUUCUUUGUACAGGCUUGCCGUGGGGCACAGUUUGAUGAAGGGGUGUUUCUGGAGACAGAUGGCGAUGCUUGCCCUACAGACGCCUUCUCUCUGAGCCUGAACCUGCCCACAGACUCUGUUCUAAUGUUUGCCAGCAGUGAAGGACACGUGGCUUUCCAGAACCCAGUCGGCUCUGUCUUUCUACAGACUCUCUGUAACUUGUUGGAGGGUGAGGAAAGAAACCUUGAGUUGAACCAGAUCCUCACUCGUCUUGCCCACAUGGUAGCCUACGCAUUUCAGAGCCAAGGACAGUAUAGAGGGUACAAAGAAAUGCCCUGCUACACCACCAACCUUACUCGAGAACUACAUCCCUUCAGGCAGUCAUAGCACGUGUGUUCCUUGACUGUACGACUGCCAUAGACCACCAAAGUUUGUUUCCUUCUCUGAAAGGGAUGAGCAACCUUCAUGCUCUCCAGCUCCUCUGAGCCAAUUACCUUCAAUGGUACCUUGAUGCUCCAUCUGUAACUUGAAUCUGAUUGGCCUCAUUCCAUGGGACAUUGUUUACAGACAUUAUUUAUUUAUAGGCAUUUCACAAUUUAUUUAUUUUUUCAUUAUAUAUAAUAUGUGUGUAUAAUUUAACUAAUGCUUAUGGCUAUAUAUAAGUAAUAAAAAUAUUUUUUUACUUGCUGA